UGUGGACAUAUCCUUGGGACCUGGGAUUUUUAAACGAAUACUGUACCCUUUAUGCACCAGUCGCGCGUUUUAUCCGCACAUUCUUCACAGGCAAAUUGUGGCACGUGUUUGGCAAUUAAUGCCUCUGAUGGACAAAACUCUAUACGGACUUUUUCUCCUACCCGUGUACAAGCAGAUCAGUGUAAUCCGUCCAACUCAGGGAACUGCGAUGCCUAUUGUUUCAGCCGUACUUCUGAUGGACAAACCACACACAUGUCUACAAUAGACACUUCAAGUCGGACGAGUACAAGACACAAUCUUCACUGCUCCUCACGUCCAGAAAACACACCGGUACAAUUCAAUGGGGUUUGUCAUGAUCGUUCGCUGUUUUACGGCAGUGGUUCAUUUCCUGGCGAAUCUGGAGAUAAAACCCUAUCCGAGUCAGGAUUAAACGAACCUUCUAAUUGCCAUCAACUAUCUGUCAGUCACCAAUGUAGUUGCAAUGGUCAACAGACCACUCAGCGACAGUCCCCCAGAACGAUAAAGACGGGGCGGUAUUUUUCAAAUAACCACUCUGCAUAUCAAGAUGGCAACCUGAUUCGCGCUGCUGUUGUGGAUCCGAGGGGCGGCGCUGGUCCGCUCUCCACGAACUCUAUCAUUGCGCCAAAUUCGUUUACGGAAGUAGGGCCGUUGUCAAAUAUCCACCCACUGCGAGCUGAUUUCGGUAAUGCAAGCUACGAACUGAGUGAGGACUUGCAGGCCAAGGAGGUUGAAUUGAUCGAGCGCAGCUACGGCGGUCGACUAAGGGCCCAGAGAGCGGCCCGCAUUAUCCAGAAUGUUUACCGUGACUAUCGGUUACGAACGGAGUACGCCCGUCUCUGCAUGGAAAACUGUUCAAAACGCAAAAUCCAGGACCAUGAUUCCAUCCUUCCAGCAACUGGGUUGCACCAAACCUCCUCUCCACCGAGUGAUCGUCAAACGUCCGUGAAAUUCGAUCUUCGUCGAAGCGAAAACCAAUCCUCAAGGUCUUCUGGAAGUCUUGAAGAUCUGGUUCUUGAGCAAGCCUAUGUUGAUUGGGCUCUGAAGGCAGCCACAGAGCAACUUAGCUGUGGCGUUUCCUCCAACUCGGAUAGCACUGGUGUCAUCUCUUUUGAUCGGACUUCUCAUAAUAGUGGUACAUCUAGGUCAAACGAUAAAGCACUUACGGAAGACAAUCAGGUUGCCUCGUCCUCUUGCAAGGGUAUUGUUCACGAUCAUUGUCACGCGGAAUUAUGUCGCGACCAUGAGACUAAUUUUUCUGUUGGUUCACGCCUUUCCAACCAUCGUACUAGUCCAAAUUGCUCCGCCAUAUAUCCCCUAGUCGCCAGAGAUACUAAUUCUAACCACACUAUUCCAAACAGUAACUUCGCACAGUGCAGCUGUCUAACGAGAACCACCGCGGCUGUACUUUCAUGCGAAAUACAAAGACGCCGGACUAGCCCGAUUCGUAAACUAUCUUCACCCACGUUGACACGUAGGAGCCAACCCAGAUUUGAACAGUCAUGUAGGGAUUCGGUCAUGCCUUCUAGUCAACGUUCACAUUCCGGUUUGAAAGGUUCCUCCACCACACCGGGCCUUUUAUCUAGUCAGGGUGACUGUCAUAGCGUAUUCGUCCCAAACAAACCAUCAGAGCCGUCACCGUCAGCAUUGCCCUGCUCGUCACAACAGGACAGUUGUGUUUGCCAGUGCUCAAAGUGCUCCAGAAGCAAUGGGGUUUGUACACACUCAGCUGGACUGUUUCCUGCCGAUCAUGUCAAUUCCUUCACUAGUGUCAGUGGUAAGCGACCAGUGCUCACAAACGGAGUUACACUGGACUCGUCGCGAUUAUCUUCUCGCACUUGCUCUCGACACACAACUCAUCACCCUUCAGGUCACAAUUCUAGUUCAGCUACUGCCUGCCACAAUGCUUCCAGACCCGUCCUGGUAGCUCUCCCGACAUCCGUCGCGUACUGCAGUUCAUCGGGACAUAGUUGGAAUUCGUCGACGGUAGCACAACAUCAACUUACCGGGUUAUCGAUAGAGCAAAUGAAGCAUACACACCUGUUUGUUCCGACACAGUGUCGUGCUUCUCAUGCACCUCAACAAUCUCUCACACGAGUGCUUCCAUCUGAUGGACAGCACUCAGUCCCUUCGCUACAACCCUUACCGCUGCAGAUAAUCAAACAACAGGCCCGUAAUGCAGAGAAAAGAAGAAAGCGGAUUUACCGCAUCGGUUUAAAUAUGUUCAACAAAUCCGCGGUCAAAGGAAUUGACUUUCUGGUUAAAUGUGGUUUCCUCGACUGCUCCCCCGAGACUAUAGCUCGCUUUCUGCUCACUCGCAAAGGUCUCAGCCGUGUGGCGAUUGGUGACUACUUGGGAAAUACCAAGGACGAGCUGGCGAUGGCGACUACGCGACAGUUCAUGCGGGAAUUGGACUUCCGGGAACUUGAAGUAGAUGAAGCACUACGUCUGUUGCUGAGUUGCUUUCGCACACCGGGUGAAUCGCAGAAAAUCGUGCAUCUCUUAACGGAAUUCCAAUCUGCCUACAUAGAACAGAAUCCGGCACGUGUGAAGGCCCAAUUCCGAAAUAUCGAUUCUGUUAUGGUUCUUGCCUAUGCAAUUGUAAUGCUUCACACGGACAUGUACAGCCCGAAUGUUCGCCCACAGAGCAAGAUGACCAGGGAUGAGUUUGUGCGCAACCUGCGAGGAGUUGAUGGAGGCGAAGACCUGGAUCGGAAUCUCCUGCUGGCCAUUUACGACCGUAUUCGGCUUCGGGAGAUGUCUGUUGCUCCUGAUCACACUGAUCAAGUACGAAAAAUUCAACAACACCUCACCGGACCUUUGCGGCCGAUCAACCUGGCCCUGCCGCAACGUCGCCUGGUCUGCUACUGUCGUUUAUACGAGGUACCAGACAAGCAUAAGAAAGAACGCCCUGGUGCUCAUCAACGCGAAGUCUUUCUUUUCAAUGAUUUACUUCUGAUCACGAAAGCCGUGCAAAAGAAACGUCGGGAUGCGGCCAUAGCCUACCAAGUUCGACUUUCACUCAAUCUAUUGGGAGUACGGAUACUGGCUUUUGAAACUAUACACCAUCCUAACGGUUUGGAACUCGUGCUUCCACUGUCGCAACACGUGUCCAUCAACGCCAAAGAGUCCGGCCUGACUGGGACCAGUCUCACACCAGAUGGUCGCGCACGCAUUCUCGUAACUCUGAACACCAAAACUGCAUCUGACCGCGUGCGGUUCAUGGAAGAUUUACACGAGUGUAUUCUGGAGGUCACCGAAGCUGAUCGUGUGCGGAUCGAUGAAGAAAUGGCCAAGCAGGUGAUACAACGAAAACGAUUCAUCAAACAAGGUUCGGUGACAGUGGGCUGUGCAGGUCUCAGUGGUGGUGGUGGUAGUGGUUCUGGCGCUGGAGGUCCGGCUGUAAACAAGGCCUUGGACGAGAGGCGUAUGCGACCAACACUAAAUUCGACCAUCAGACAAGGUCAUCCUGUCGAGACAGUUCAUUCGUCUGGUGAACGCCAGGCUUCCAUGCCACCGUUUGUGACCAGUCAACAACAGUUUAAUCAACAGCAUAAACAACAGCCACAUCAGCAUCCCGGAGUGGUACUGACAAGUUUCAGUCGACAAGCCGUCACGCAUAAUCAGCCGCCGACGAAUGGCAGUGAUCUUCCGAACACAAGUAGUACCUGUGUCUGCAAAUUGAAUCAGAGUUCGCGACACGGUGAGACGAUUACUCAAAGGGAACUCGCCAUGCGACCGGAGAAACUGGAAGCACGACAGACUAAAGUCGCUGGAACACCAGCAGAAGAGGCACAACGAUUGAGUGGUGACAGCGGCCUGUUGGCAGAUCUUGAAACCCCCACUUCACAAACUUCUCAUCCUCUCGGUUCCUAUUCUUCGGGAUCUUCUGGUUAAUUAGUCCACUGAAUUGUACAUAUGUAUUUAGUGUCCUCAAAGAGCCACUUGUAUAUUAAGUGGCUCGCAUUUUACACGGCAACUACAUGCUUUUUACCCUACGAAACCUUCUGUGACUUUGUAAUCACGCUUGGACUUCGUGCAACGCAGUCUCAUUGAUUCUAUCCAGUAGCAGUUCACCCCGUCUUGUCCAGUUUUCUUUUCUUUAUCUGUGAUACCUUCACACAUAUUGAUUUAUCCCCCAACCCUCCACGAUACCGGUCGCGGUUGUUUUAUCGUCCACCUUACCAACCGGAAUUUGAACGACUUUUCACAUCUUUAUUGAACCGAUCCCACCAGUUACUUGUCCUGCCAUAAUUUGAUACCUUAUGCAUUCAAUUGGGCCUCAUUCGACCUACCAAGCGACUGUUACAAUUGGUGCUGGUAUGCCAGCA